AUGGAUGGGAUGAGGGAGCCGGGGUUCCGGCUGGCGGACUCGCGUAGCUCCGUUGCGGAAGCGGAUGAUUUUGAUUUGACGAGGCUUCUCGAUAAGCCGAGGUUGAACAUCGAGCGGCAGAGAUCGUUUGAUGAAAGGUCAUUAAGCGAACUGUCAAUCUCCAACAUCAGAGGCCUGGAUGCCCUGGAUAGUGUCUACUCUCCGAGAACGGCAAUGCGGUCGGGGUUUGACACCCCGGCUUCUUCCGCCCGGUGCUCCUUUGAGCCCCAUCCCAUGGUGGCUGAUGCUUGGGAAGCCCUCACAAGGUCCGUCGUGCACUUCCGGGGACAGCCAGUGGGAACCAUUGCUGCUUAUGAUCAUGCAUCAGAGGAGGUCUUGAAUUACGAUCAGGUACCCCACUACUCUUUCGUCGUAUAAAACCUCUGUAGAAACUAUUUUCAACCUCUUGCCAUCACUGAUGGCGAUUAUAUAUGAGGCAGGUCUUCGUCCGAGAUUUCGUACCAAGUGCACUCGCUUUUCUAAUGAAUGGUGAGCCUGACAUAGUUAAAAAUUUCCUACUCAAAACUCUUCACCUUCAAGGGUGGGAGAAGAAAGUUGAUCGUUUCAAGCUUGGGGAAGGAGUCAUGCCUGCCAGUUUCAAGGUUUUGCAUGAUCCAGUCAGAAAAACCGACACACUAAUUGCGGAUUUUGGAGAAAGCGCAAUUGGAAGAGUAGCUCCUGUGGACUCUGGGUUUUGGUGGAUCAUCCUUCUUCGUGCAUAUACAAAAUCGACGGGUGAUAUGUCGUUGGCGGAUACGCCUGACUGUCAAAAGGGAAUCAGGCUCAUACUAUCUCUGUGCUUGUCAGAGGGUUUUGACACAUUUCCUACCUUACUCUGUGCUGAUGGUUGCUGUAUGAUUGAUCGAAGAAUGGUAUGUUUCCCAUGAUAUCUAAUCCAAUCUACUACUUUACGGUUUUUUUAAUGUUCUUAUCUAUGUUCAACGGUACACAUUCAAAAAAUUGUCUUGGCCAGGACUCCACAACCUUAUACAUAUGCUGUUGACUUCCAUGUUGUUUUCUGGUUUAUAUCUGUGUUGAGCACGCCAUGAGCAUUCAUUAUGCUUUUCAACCGACGAUAAGGUGUGAAGUCCUGAAAUCGUGAAUUUCUUGACCUUUGCCGUAUCUUUUUGAUCAGUUGUAACUGUUAACUUGUCUCCGUCCUGUAUCCCAAUGUUAUCACUCUUUAUCCAGAUAUUUUAUUAAAGGUUAAUUUUCACUUAAUAUAGACGACUUCACUAAAAUAUAUCCUCUCGGAAGAGUGCAUAACAUCAUCACGGUCACUUAAUUUAGACAAUUGUUUACUCUUUCUGGUGAGUUUCAAUUCUCUUUUAUAACAGGGACAGCCGAGAAUAAGUGACGGGUGACGUGUUUUCAUUAUUGGUGAACGAUAUACCUCUUCGAAACAAUCUUGUCUUACUCAUGAAUAAAUUGAAGUUAUUAGAAGUAAAGGUCGAAAUCGACGACCAUGACAGACAUACCUUGUCUUUUGUUGAGGUGUACCACUUGUUUCUGUUGAGGUUCAGUUUUAUUCAAUCCAUUACUGAGAAAAAAAAUUCUCGUUUUAGAGCAUAAUGAAAACUUGUGGUUUUGUUUGUCAAUCUGUCGUCAUUGUUUGCCUUAUGUAUAUUUGGUUGUUUGUGAUUGUUUGAAGCAUCUGAAAAUUAUAAUCGAACCUUUUGUCCCUACUUUCGUGGAAGAUCAGAAUAAUGUAAGGAAAAGAAACUUUCGUGUAGAUCAAACAAUGAUGUCCGGUGGAUUUGUACAUAUCGCUUAGUUUCCUAUCUUAUAAAUUGAAAAGGUUCUCUAUAAACCUUCUUUCCAUAAGAGUCCAUCAUUAUAACUGUCACCUAGAGUUCCUAUUAUUCAAUGCCUUUGUGUAUUUGACGGUCCUGUCAACAUAUAUUUCCAUCUCAUAUCUUCAUCAUUCACGAGCUAAGCUGGCCAGGUUGCAGAGCGUUAUGAGAGUUUCUUGUGUGUGUUUGUGAUUAUGAUGUUGGAUUGUAAAUAUGUCCUCACGCAACUCUUUGUGAUUUAUUAUUAUCUUAUGCAACGGUAGUUAAAUUUACCACAUCAGGAAAAAGCGGCAGAAUUAAAUUUUCAUGUUUAUGAAAGCUUCUUCUUCAUAGAAAGUAAAAGUUCAUCUUCCCCGGAGUUUUAAACCUGUGCAGGGUGUUUCCGUAUUUUGAUUUAUUCUUAUCCGAAGGAUGUUUUAAUUCUCCCCACAUUUCGAGGAUAUCCACCUUUGGAGGAUUAUUUUUGCAAGCAUUUCACACGAUUUACAAGACAGGGAUCCAUUAACGCAAACCAAUUCACUGCUGCAAAAUUUUAAUUGUCAGAUAUUACAAUGUUUAGGCAGUUUCAGAUUUUUCGACUUCAUGAAAGUAUUAUGUUUUGUCAAAAUUGGAGUAAUGUGAAUCGAGGGUUUUAUCAAAAUUAACAUGAAUGUUAUAAUAAAUUAGCUUCACCUUUUUUAUUUGCAUAUUGGAUUCACAAUAUGAUAUGCAUGUAAUACGAAUGCAUCUUUGAAGGGUAUAUAUGGUUAUCCUAUCGAGAUCCAAGCCCUCUUCUUCAUGGCCCUAAGAUCUGCUCUAGCAUUGCUGAAACACGAUGCAGAAGGUAAGGAAUUCAUCGAGCGAAUUGUGAAACGCCUACAUGCCUUGAGCUAUCACAUGCGAAGUUACUUCUGGAUCGACUUCCAGCAGCUGAACGACAUCUAUCGUUAUAAGACUGAGGAGUACUCCCACACAGCAGUUAACAAAUUCAAUGUGAUUCCUGAUUCGAUCCCCGACUGGGUAUUUGACUUUAUGCCGACACGUGGCGGCUACUUCCUGGGAAAUGUGGGCCCGGCCAUGAUGGACUUCCGAUGGUUUGCACUAGGCAACUGCAUGGCGAUCUUAUCAUCUCUUGCCACUCCAGAGCAAUCUAUGGCGAUAAUGGAUCUCAUUGAAUCCCGGUGGGAGGAGCUCGUUGGAGAAAUGCCUUUGAAAGUAUGCUAUCCUGCUAUUGAGGGCCAUGAGUGGCGAAUAGUGACCGGUUGUGAUCCCAAGAACACCAGAUGGAGCUACCAUAACGGAGGAUCCUGGCCAGGUUUGUUCAUCCGGAUCUUGAUUUCUCCUUUUUUAGGGCAAUUCCUUUUAUAGUGAAAUUCACAGAUUUCUAGUCUUAUAUUCUCAGAAUUCGCAGAUUCCUUUUAUUGUUCACUCUUAUUUCUUCAUCCAGAUAUUAAUGGUGCCUUCUGUUGACCUCCUUUCAUGCUAAAUCUCUCUCUCUCUCUCUCUCUCUCUCUCUCCAUUGUAAGUAUCCAAAUAAGAACUAUAUGUAUACAUGUAUGUAUCUUUAUGUAAAUGGGUGCGGAUGAAGAGUGACGCAUAUGCAUACGUAUGCUUCCAAUGCAUAUGCAUAUUUAUAUCGAUGUAGAGGCAUAUUUAUACAUGUGUAUGAUAUCUACAUACUUAUGUGUAUGCACAUUUUUAUCUAUGUAUAUGCGCAUUUGUUAAUAUAUGUAUAUAUGUGUGUAUGUAUUUAUGGCUGAUCGGCCAUGUGCUGAGCUGGCCAACUGUAAUGCUAGAUUUUAUUCAGAUAGAAUUUGUUGGGCCGAUCAAACAGCAUCUUCAAAUAUUCAAAAAAUAUAUUUUAUUUUAUUUUCUUCUGAUAUCCGCCGCAGUGCUCCUGUGGAUGUUGACCGCGGCCUGCAUCAAGACGGGGAGGCCGCAGAUCGCCCGGAGAGCCAUCGAGCUGAUGGAGAGCCGCCUCCAGAAGGACGGCUGGCCGGAGUACUACGACGGCAAGCUCGGACGGUACGUCGGCAAGCAGGCCAGGAAGUUCCAGACGUGGUCCAUUGGCGGGUAUCUGGUGGCCAAGAUGAUGCUCGAAGACCCAUCCCAUUUGGGAAUGAUCUCCUUGGAGGAGGACAAGGCGAUGAAGCCCCUGAUCAAGAGAUCCUCUUCCUGGAAUUGCUAG